AUGACAAUAUUCGAACCCGCUCACGGCCUUCCCUCGUGGCCUCUCACCCCUCCUAAUUCAUCCGACGCCCCAGCGCCAAAGGAUGUCUCGUCAGUUGUUACAGCAAUUCAUGUGAUCUCAACUGAGAGAGCAGCGCUCGCCCACCUUGAGCACAUCUACCAGACCGACGCGCGAGCGCAGCAUGACCUCGCCCGGGCCGUAGAUCAGAUUGCGCGGAGCGUGCGCGAGGGUGGGAAACUGGUCGUUUGCGGGGUAGGCAAGAGUGGGAAAGUCGGACGCAAAAUCGAGGCUACGAUGAAUAGUCUAGGUGUAUACAGCGCGUUCCUGCAUCCAACUGAAGCCUUGCAUGGUGAUCUGGGAUUGGUUCGGCCGAAUGAUACGGUUCUUCUCAUUUCCUUCUCUGGUCGCUCGCCGGAAAUUUUAUCUUUGCUUCCGCAUCUCCCCGCUACGGUCCCAGUGAUCGCUCUUACAUCCCAUACAGAUCCAGCGGCGUGUCCGCUUCUCGCGUUGCACGGUCCUACGGGGAUGGGCAUUCUUCUGCCCGCCCCAAUUCAUGAGGAUGAAGAGUCCUCUUUUGGUGUGAGCGCGCCCACGUCGUCCACGACCGUGGCCUUGUCGCUGGGCGAUGCGCUGGCGAUUGCUACCGCUCGGAAGCUGCAUACCGCGACAGGGAAGAGCCCUGCAGAAGUUUUUCGGGGGUUCCAUCCUGGUGGCGCCAUUGGAGCGGCAGCGGCAGCGGCAGGUACACAGACACCGCUGACCACGCCGUCGAGCGGCAUGUCAACGAAGACAUUUGACUCCCCAACCUCGUCUGUGUGUCUUCCAUGGGAGGAAAUCACGAAUACUCCGUUGAUCCCUCCUUUCAACUUACAGUCGCCACCGGAGCAGCGUAUCGUUUCUCGAGAUAUGCUGGUCCCCCUCGAUCAAAUUCCCACUGCAUCUGCGUCUUCAUCGCAGUCACCUGGCGAUGUUCGACUUCUUGAUAUCCUUCUCACGGCCAUCCAAAAUCCCAAUGCCAAAUCAUGGGUAUUACUGUCUCCGUCUGAAAUAAUCCCUCCGCGACGCAUUCGCGCUCUCCUUUCUCCUGGUGGAGAUAUGGACAUGCGUGCGUCCGAGGUUACGGCCAAGAACCCCGGUACUUCCUUCGUCGUACCUCAGAGUAAAUGGCUCCUAGUGCUAGAAUCAACGCCCCUCGCCGAGAUCCGACUAACGGUUUCUGAAUCUCGAAAGGGAUCAGAACCAGUCUCUGUCAUUGCUGUCGUGAAGAAUAUGGCCUCUCCUGACAGUUUCAUAGGGGUGAUGGAGGCAGAGGAUCUAUUGGAUGAGUGA